AUGGUGAAAAUUGCAUCCAAAAAGGGGUUGAAAUCAUCUCCUAAGAAGACCAACUCAGGCAAUAAAAAAUUCAAGAAAAUGAGAAAAUCAUCAAUUAAUAAAAUUGAAAAAGCAUUUAAAGUUUUUAAUAAUCAUCCUCUUGAUCAAUUCAAUCAUUAUGAGAAUUUAGCUUUGGAUGUCAGUGAUCAUGAUGAGUUAGCUAAGGACGGAAAUUAUAAUGAUUUAAUAAUGUUCGAACAGAAUGAAGAUGGUAAUGGAAUCCAUCUUAAUGGUAAAGAAAUACCAGUUAUUCAAAUGGAUAGCGAUACCGAUAACGGUGCAGGCACAAUAGAAAACAACAAUAACUUUUUUAGUAAAAUAAAAGGUCAGAAAAAAUUAGACCUGAAUGAAGAUUUCAUUGGAUUUUCUGAUAGUUCAGAAGAAGAUGCUGAUGAUGAUGAAAAAGCAGGAGAAGACACCAAUUUGAAAGCCGAACAAAAUAGUGAAGAAAGUGAAGGUAUAGAAGCCUUUGAUGAAUAUGGGCAUCCUAAAAAAGUUAAUUUAACGCAAAACUCAGAUUAUCCAUGGAUUUUGAAUCAAGAUCAUUCUAAGCAAAGAGAAAUUGCAGAUUGGUUAACUCUAGAGAUUAAAGAUUUUGUUUCUUACAUAUCCCCAAGUCGUGAAGAAAUAGAGCUUCGUAACAAGACUAUUUCUAAAUUACGUAAAGCUGUAAAGGAAUUAUGGUCAGACUCACAAUUACAUAUUUUUGGAUCGUACGCCACGGAUUUGUAUCUACCAGGUUCAGAUAUUGAUUGUGUAGUUAAUAGUAAAAUGGGUGAUAAAGAGCAAAGACAAUACCUAUAUGAUUUAGCAAGGCAUCUUAAACAGAAGGGAUUAACAUCACAAGUUGAAGUUAUUGCAAAAGCACGUGUACCAAUUAUUAAAUUUGUUGAGAAAUCAUCACAAAUUCAUAUUGAUGUUUCUUUUGAAAGAACAAAUGGUGUUGAAGCAGCUAAACUCAUACGGGAGUGGCUUUCCGCUACGCCUGGUCUGAGAGAAUUGAUUUUAAUUGUGAAACAAUUUUUAAGUGCUAGAAGAUUGAAUGACGUUCAUACAGGUGGGUUAGGAGGUUUCACAAUAAUAUGUUUAGUUUAUUCAUUCCUUUCAAUGCAUCCCCGGAUUAAGACAAACGAUAUUGAUCCCUUAGAGAAUUUAGGUGUUUUACUAAUAGAGUUUUUCGAACUUUAUGGGAAGAAUUUUGCAUAUGAUCUAGUUGCAAUCAGUUUGUUAGAUGGUUACCCCUCAUAUAUACCGAAGAGCGAAUGGAGAUCAUUGUUACCCACGAGAAGUAGUUUCACAUUAGCAAUUCAAGAUCCAGGUGACGCAUCAAACAAUAUCAGUAGGAGUUCUUUCAAUUUACGUGAUAUUAAGAAAGCAUUUGCAGGUGCAUUUGAUCUUUUAACUAAUAAAUGUUUUGAAUUGGAUGCUGCCACUUUCAAAGAUAGAAUUGGUAAGAGUAUUUUGGGAAAUGUUAUAAAAUAUCGUGGUAAAGCAAGAGAUUUCAAAGACGAGAGAGAUUUAAUAGUAAAUAGGGCAAUCGUGGAAAAUGAGAAGUACCAUAAGAAACGCAGUCGGAUAGUCCAUGAUGACAUUUUCUUGAAUCCAAGUGACGAUGAUUUGGAAGACGAUAUUAAGGAACAGGAAGAAAUGUAUCGUUUCGAGCAACCUGAAAUGAAAAAGAGAAAGAAGAAUUUGAAGAAGCAAGACGGUAAAAAACUAGUUGAGAAUAGUUUACAAACUAUAGAGAAUGAGAAAAAGAAGGAGAAGAGAGAGAAAAAGAAGGAGAAGAAAGAGAAAAAGGAAAAGCAAAAACUCGACGCAACAAAAAUGGUAGAUGCUUUGAUGGGUUUACGGGAUGAUGAGGAUGCUUACGAUUCAACUCUUGUAGACUCAAAAGAAAAUACUGAAUCACCUUUAAGAAAGGCAACCGUUGACUCUCAAACAAGGCGAGAUUAUUGGUUAUCAAAGGGACAAGUUCUUGCAGGCGGAACGAUUGCCCAAAAAGUAAAAAGUUAA